GCUGCAGCAACGUGCAUCAGUUCCUCUCUGACCCCAGUGUUAAUCUGCAUUCAGACUGAGACUGCACUGUUUUUUCUUUUUUUCAGCUGCUCGAUAUUAGAGUAGCAUAUUCCGGGGGGCUUCGCCGUCUGUGGCAGUUUUUAAGGCCCUGCUAGGCUGACGAUUCGGCAACAGACACGCAACAAAAAAUUAUAUUAUAUAUAAAUAAAUAAAAAACAAGCGACGCGAAAUCAAGCUUUCGACUCGCAUCGAUUUUGUUUGGGAUGAUUUCACUCCACCGCACGUCCGCCUCGGGUCUAGAUUUAAAGACCCGCUACUGCUAACGUGCGUAAUGUAUCGUAGAGAGGAAACACAGUAAAUAGACAGAGACGUCCAUCUGCAAUAAAGAGGUAACGAAGAUGGUGAUGAUGGCUUCAUCAAAUUUAGCCUCCAAAUGCUCGACAGCAAUGGCGAAGCCUUCCCUCUCCCUGAAGCUGUUUCUCUGGGUGUUUGUUGUCGUUAAUCUCCCUACAAGCUCCUUCCAGACUGAUGACGAUGAUGAGGUGGCUAACAAGACGUGGGUGCUGACUCCCAAAGUGCACGAGAGUGACGUCACACACAUCCUAAACAGCCUACUAGACGGAUAUGACAACAAACUAAGGCCUGACAUUGGAGUCAAACCAACAGUGAUCCACACAGACAUGUUUGUCAACAGCAUUGGUCCAGUAAAUGCCAUCAAUAUGGAAUACACCAUCGACAUCUUUUUUGCUCAGACCUGGUACGACAGGAGGUUAAAAUUCAACAGUACGAUGAAGGUUCUGCGUCUCAACAGCAACAUGGUUGGGAAGAUCUGGAUCCCAGACACUUUUUUCCGUAACUCAAAGAAGGCUGACGCCCACUGGAUCACCACACCCAAUCGCAUGCUUCGAAUUUGGAAUGAUGGUCGAAUACUCUACACCCUCAGGUUGACCAUUGAUGCAGAGUGCCAACUUAAACUGAACAACUUCCCAAUGGAUGAGCACUCAUGUCCCCUGGAGUUUUCAAGCUAUGGCUACCCCAGGGAGGAGAUUGUGUACAAGUGGAAAAGGAGCUCAGUGGAGGUUGGGGACAUUCGCUCGUGGAGGCUCUACCAGUUCUCCUUCGUGGGCCUGAGGAACACCACUGAGGUUGUCAGGACUGUCUCAGGAGACUAUGUGGUGCUGACCGUCUUUUUUGACCUGAGCAGGAGAAUGGGCUACUUCACCAUUCAGACCUACAUCCCAUGCACCCUUAUUGUUGUCCUCUCCUGGGUCUCAUUCUGGAUCAACAAGGAUGCAGUACCUGCCAGGACAUCAUUAGGCAUCACCACUGUGCUGACCAUGACCACGCUGAGUACUAUUGCUAGAAAAUCCCUUCCAAAAGUUUCCUAUGUGACCGCCAUGGACCUGUUUGUGUCUGUCUGCUUUAUCUUCGUCUUCGCCGCACUCAUAGAGUAUGGCACGCUGCACUACUUUGUCAGCAACAGGAAGCCUAGCGCCAAAAAGGACAAGAAGAAGAAAAACCCGCUCCUCCGGCUCUUUUCCUCAAAGCAGACACCCACGGUAGACAUCCGUCCACGCUCGGCCACAGCCAUUCAGAUGAACAACGCCACGCACAUGCAGGAGCGAGACGAAGAGUACGGCUAUGAGUGUCUGGACGGGAAGGACUGCACCAGCUUCUUCUGCUGUUUCGAAGACUGCCGCUCCGGUGCCUGGCGGCACGGCAGGUUGCACAUUCGCGUUGCCAAGAUAGACUCGUAUGCACGCAUCUUCUUCCCCACUGCAUUUGGUCUUUUCAACCUGGUCUACUGGGUCUCCUAUCUCUAUCUCUAGGCCUGGGUGUGUACCCAGCCUUAUCAUACAGUUCAUUACAUUCUACAUAUGCUCUGUGCCAGCAAGGGACAUUUUAAAGGAGGCGACCCACUGAAAUACCCACUGAUUUGAUUUAAUACAUUUCCUUUAAUUCCUUCAUUUUAAUCUCUUUGAAUUUGAGUCAAUUUAUUUGAUAACUUUGACAGACAUUGCAAAUGUUGUAGCAUUACAUUGAACUGGUAUGAGGAGAUUUGUAGAUGUGUUGUGAAAACAUUGAUUGUGUGAGAAAGUUUUGUUUUCAUGAUUCGAUUUUGUACUUUUUAUUUGGAAUUUCUUCUUUAUGUCUUCUUAAUGGAAUUUUUAAUUUAAUUGCUGUAUUUUCAGACUAAUGCAUUAAUUGCAUAGACUGCAAUUUAAAUAAAUACCAAUUCAGAUCACAGCAAACACCUAUCAGAGAAAUCUAAAUAACAUUACAGUAUGUCUUAUCUUUUAAUUUUAUUUUUCACUUAACAUACUAAAACACACAAUCUAAAGCACUUUAAUAGAGCUAUGUUAGACAGUGACGCUAAUUUAUUUUUAAUUUAUUUAGCUUUAGUGUUGGCACAAUUAAAUAUUGCAUUUUUCAUGUGUGGUCAGAGAGAGAUGAUGCUGUUUAUGGACAAUGCUUAACUGUACAGACACUGUAUAUAUUUUACUAUUACAUAGUGGUUUACAUUUAUUGCAUGCACCUUUCAGGCCAAAAAUCAACAUCUUUUAUGGUCUUCUAUUGUUGGCUAUGGAAAAAUAAAAAAAUGAGCACUGUUGAUUAUCGUUCAAGAUUUAAUUAUACUGUUUUCUAGGAAAAUUGGUAAAAUUAAUAAAUAAAAAUGUGCCCGGUUUAUCCUUUUAAAGCAGCACUGCAGAACUUUUGAUAUCAUUGUGAUUUGGCGCCCCUACAGUUUCAGAGUGUAAUUCAUUUAUACACCACUGUUGUAAAUAUGGACAGCUGUACAAGUGCAUUUGUUAUGAUUACUUAUGAUCAAAAACUAGCGAGUGGACAACUUUGCUACCACAUCCAAACAUCAAGCAAGUGCAACAACACAAGACAUAGUAAGCCAGCUAAAAUGACUUACUAGUCCAACAGCAAGAUGGCCAGCUCGCGGUCUGUCUUGCAGCCUUUUAUUUUGCAAAGCUCUCGCCAACGACUUAAAGCCCAUCUGAGUUGUCCACCGGCAGCUCUGUCACUCUCUCCUUUUCUCUUCUUAGCUUCCUCUGUGUCCUCUUCAGCGCCUAGCCUGCUAUGAUGUCCAGCUCCAGUUCUGGCACAACACCGCCGCCGUCACCACCAGCAUUCAUUUCGCCCCCGCCCUGGCCCUGCUAACUUUCUCCUCCCUGUGGUCCAUAGCUCCUGUGCUAGCGGUGUAAACAUCAACAACCCCUCAGUGCUCCUAGCUCCCAGUCCAGCACGGCUAACUGAGCUAACUAGUAGAUGGCAGCUAUACAGUUAGCAGCAGUUAGCAUUUAGCCUUACUUUAGCAACAAGUAAAGCUUUUUGUCCAUCAGGAAAUUCCGUAGAUCAUUGAGUCGAGGCAGAGCAGCCGGAGGACAUCAAAGGGCAAACCAGAAAACAUUUUCUCCCUAAAAUAUUAUCUAGUUUUAACUAUACUAGUGGUAGCGCCGUAAAGCGUUACAGCAAUUUUCCUGGGAGAUGGUACCCGCCCAGCAAAGUUACAUGCUAGAACAGGCGUUUGGGGUGCAGAGUGGGAAUGACAUAGCAUUUGAAACUGUUAUUUUAUGGUUAAAAGUGGCAUGUUGCUGUAAGUUGAGAAAUCGUCUGUGCAUACAGGUUGGAGGAUCAGACCAGAAUUUCAGGCCAGACAACUGGUUUAAUAAUUAUUCUCUCAGCUAUUAGCUUACAGUAUAGACAACACUGACCUCUCAUCCUCUCCUACAUUUACUGUUAAAAGCAUGCAUUAACAUAAUGACACACUGCUGUUGUAUUUUGGUUAUGUAAGCUUUUACAAGAGAAACUGUACUAAAACUAUUUAGGUUUUCUUAUUAAAAUGAAUAACGUUUUGCCCUUAAGUAUAAAUGCAACUGCGUAACCAGCGGGUGAGUUUCAAAUUCAAACUAAUCUACACUUUAAUGUGAAUGUCAAUACAGACAGCUGUUGGGAAUUUAGACAUCCCUGCAGUGGGACAGGGUUCAUUUAAUGUGUCAUCCUUCUAAGAUGAGCAAUAAAAAAAACUAAACUGAAACUAAAGAAAUAUGAAUUGAUAUCAAAUAAACUUAAGAGUUUCAUUGAAUUAAAAAGAAGCAUCUGCUUGUGUCGAAAAGAGAUGUUUAAGCCUUAUUAUCAAGCAUCUCGCUUUCUGUCUCUUUGAGAAGAAACACAUUGAGAAUGUACAUGUAAAUUAUUACAUAGUGAGGGAGCUGAUUCACUGGCUGGGCCUAAUUUCAUUACUUUUUGACUUUUGUUUCCCAUUAAAAUUAGCUUUGAAUGCCUUGAUGUUGUGUGAAGAGAGCUGAGAACACUGAAUUGUAAAUGCUGGGUAUGACAACAUGUAACACAUGAUUUACAACCCUUUACAGAGUACAAUUUUGAUAGACACCAGUAUGCAACAAAUGGAGACAGUGCUUCAGUAUGAUUUGUAAACUCACAAUGGGUGUAAAUCACAUUGUUUAUGUACAUCAAUUAUGAAGGGGAAAAAACACUAGUCAAGCCCUUGGGAUUUUUGUAAAAGGGUAUAUAUUUUGUAAUUUCAGCAUUGUUACAGUAUAUCACCAUACAGUAUAUUAGACUUAUUGUAUUAUGCUGGACUGACCAUGUAGAAUACUUGGGGGUAAUGGGGUAUUUAUUUAUUUAAUCAUCAAUGGUAUUUAUUUAUUUAUUAAGAGAAAAAAUAUAAUUUUAUGUCCAUGUAGCCCCGAAAAGAAACACAGAUUGCUGUCAUUUAUAUCAAAGAUACAUUUUUGUUCAAUGUGUCAAUGGAGCUUGAGCUUAUUUAUCUUGUGUUCUCUAUGUUGUGAUCAAUGUACACUACUCUCACAAAGGCCUGUCAAAGUGUUAUAUCUGUUGAAUUAAUAAGUUACAACAUUACCUGUUGUGCAGCUUCUGAGUAAUAGACAUGAAUAUUUUCAGGGGGGGGGAACACCAAAAAAACAGUUCCCAAGCCACCAGAAGAAGAACAUUUGCUUGUCUAAGUAACUAUUGAUUAUUUCCACAUUUUCCACCUCUACAAGGGUCUUCAUUGGUCUUGAUAUUUGCCAUAUUUAAUAAAGCAUCAGUGAUGAUACUAACAUAUGCAUUUAUCAUAUUAUCUCAUACUUCCUGAAGUUCUUUCCCUUUUGUAUUUAAUGGUGUUCCUGUUGUGUUGCGAAGCUUCAGUGUGCACAUACUCUAUCUUUCACAUCUUUAGGAACAUAGUGUGUCAAUAGCAAUGUAGACUGGUAAUCAUCAGUGUUCUGUAGUUUAAAGAAGUGUAAAAGAGUGAUUACAUCUUAAAAAAGUGCCAAACACACAUGCAAUAGAGAAUAUCAAACGAUGAUAUCAUUUGUGAAUCCACUUUUACUGCCUUGAAGAAAAAAAACAUACAGUAUGCUAAAAAUGGGUGUUUACUUGAAGGAAAUUCUAUACAGCGAAGGUUGGAUACACUGAUAUUCCCUCAGACAUUGUUAUUGUUUUUUUGGUUUUUUUGGUUUUUUUGGUUUUUUCAGAACCAAAAGCAUAAGGACAAUUGUUCGAUUGUACAGCAGACCAAUACAAACAAAUUACUGUAUCAGGGUAAACAGCAAGACAUUUCUGAUUCAGACUAUAUCUGACUUUAUCAGUAGACUGGGUUUGUAAAUAACCGAGCAUGUCUUGUGCUUGAACAAUGGUGCAAAAAAACAAUUUUCUUUUUUCCAUGAUGGCAAAAGCUUGUUUAUUAUUUGUAUAUAAUUUUUUUGUGCACUCUACUGUAAAUGCAGAGAUAUAAAGGUGUAUGAGAGAUACUGUUAAUAUUCAGUAGUGUGCAUGUUGGAUAUGUUUUCAGAAUUGGGACUAAUUCAAGCAUUGUUUCAUCUAGUCUCAGUCCUUUGGUUGCACGGACAUGGACUUUUUAUUACACUGUACUUAUUUUUGACAAAGUGAUUUUAUUUAUUUUGGGACCCACAAAUGAGGCAUUUAUGUGAACAGCACAUGUAGAUUUUUUCUAUUGUUAUGUAUUUUGUCAAACUGCAGAAAACAAAAUAAUACACAUUGGAAUUACAGAGCUCAAAGGUUUCCAAGAACAAAAUCAAUUUCAUAUUGUCCUCAUACAUACAUUGUUAGUUGUUUGCCAUCUAUGUAUAUUUGAGUAUUGUAUAAAAGGGACACUGAUCAAUGAUGUUAGGGUCUGCAUAAUAUACUAUACAUGUACUGGAAAAAAUCCUUUUCAUAAGGGAAUUGCACAUAGCUGUGGAAUUUUACAAUAAAAUGGUUGCAUUUA